AUGGCCUCCCGAUCUCGCACCCUCCAGCUAGGAGGACAAGCUCUCCACAGCAGCUUAAACAGCAGCCACUUUAGCCGACCAUUCUCCUCCUUCUUCUCCCCCUCCACUCUGACCUUCUUCAACCCUACAACUACCAUUACGAACCCCGCACCCCGCAUCUCCAACAACUUCUUUACUCAGCAAAGAAUCAGAACAAUGGCUACCACCGCUACCACCGGAAAGAAGAUUGAGUGGCUCGUUGUCGUGCCGGACUUUGAGGGCGUUGGUGAGAAGAGGUUGGAGGUUCGCCCCAAAACGCUAACAUACCUCCCCCCCAAAGGCGCCGUACUCUCCGAGCCCCCCACCUCCGACGACCCCAAGACCUUCAAGUUUGCCGGCUCCACCAUCGUCUUGCUCGCCGAGAGCCGCGAGGAGGUGAUCGAGAUUCUUAAGGGGGACGUUUAUGCCCAGAAGGGAGUUUGGGAUGUUGAGAAGGCUCAGAUGUGGCCCUUCAAGUGCGCCUUCCGCUUCCCUGUUCCUGGUCAGACGUUCCAGCAGAAGCAGUAG